UAGUUCAGACAGUGUACCACAAGCUCCAGAAGGCAGAAAGUUAUAAGCAGGUUCAAACGGAUGCAUGUGCUCCUUGUCUUUGUACUGAUUCCGACAGGCACUAUUGACCUCUUAAAGCAUCUUAAGUGUUUGAGUGGGCUACCGUUAUGAGGGAUUCCUCGUUUUAAAUGGAGGUGCCCUUGUACUAAGAUCAUUGGAAGCUAAAUAACUGCUUGUAGGGCUAUCUGGCCAUCUUGAUGCUGGGAUUUCAUUCUCUUUUGGAUUACAUAAUGACAAAUAUAUUCGUUGUCGUUUCCUUCGUGUACAUUCUUCUUGGAAUGAAUCAGGUGACAGGAAUAAAUCUGAAAUAUAUCCCUGAUCCACCAAGCCUUAGUAUCCAAGACAAGAUACACAAAGUAAAUGCCAACAACACUUUAGAACUUACAUGCAGGGGGCAUCAAUUUUUGGACUGGACGUGGCCCAGGAAUAGGAUCAGUUUCGAACACAGGAUAUCAGUGACUGAUUGUAGUGGAUCAGGUCUCUUCUGCAAGAAGCUUGUUCUGACCAAAGCUGUUGCCAGUGACACUGGAGAUUACAGGUGUUCCUAUAGAGAUUUACCUGUUGAAGAUGGGAAAACAUCUGCUAGCGUCUACGUCUUUAUCCAAGACUACAGAGCACCAUUUGUCAGCUCUUCCAUUUUUGAGGCUGUGUAUAUAGAGGAAAAUACACCAGUGGUUGUACCAUGUUUAGGAUCUGUAGAAUAUCUCAAUGUGACAUUAUAUACGAAAUACCCUGGAAAAGUGUUUGUUCCUGAUGGGAAAACCAUUUACUGGGAUAGCCGAAGAGGAUUCAUUAUUCCCAGUUACUUAAUCAGCUAUGCAGGGAUGGUGUUUUGUCAAACGACAAUAGAAAAUGAAAUUUACCGGUCCCAAUUAUACAUGCUUACAGUUGUUGGGUACAAGAUUCACGAGCUCUCUGUGACCCCUCAACACCAGGUGGAGUUAGCAGUAGGAGAUAAGCUGGUAUUAAACUGCACUGCUAAAACAGAAUUUAAUGUGGGGAUCGACUUUAAAUGGAAAUACCCAGCUUCAAAGGAGAACCGAUCAGUAAACGACACCAAUAAGAAAAAGUCAUCAAAGGUGUUGGAACUGUCAAGCACCCUGACUGUUCUGAAUGUAACGUUGAAUGACACUGGGGAUUAUAUUUGCACUGCAUCGAGUGGACGCAUGGAAAAGACUAACAAAACUACCGUGAAAGUUUAUGCAAAGCCUUUCAUCGCUAUUGAUUAUAAUUCUGUCUCUGUCAUUGAGGCAAAGUUGGGUGAUCGUCUCCUAAGAAUACCAGUCAAUUUUACUGCCUACCCUCUGCCAGAAGUGAAAUGGUAUAAGAAUGGGAUGUCAGUUUACAGAGAUGAACUGCGGUACAGGAUUAAAAGCAAUGGCUACACGUUGACUAUCCAUGAUGUUACUGAGAGGGAUGCUGGGAAUUACACCGUCGUGCUCAGUAACCCAGCAACUAAAGAGGAGCACAGCCGGACAUUUCAGCUCGUGGUGAACGUUUCCCCACACAUUUAUGAGAAGGAAGUGGCUCAUGACACUGAUUUCUACCAGUAUGGCAGCAGCCUGACCCUCAGAUGCACAGCUCGCGGGGUUCCAUCCCCAGUAAAGAUGAAGUGGCAGUGGAUAGCACAAGAGAACUGCCCCUUAAACGACCCUCAAGGAGUUUAUCGAACACCAUUCAAAUUCUAUGAGUGUAAAGACUGGCGGGACAUCACAAAUGACACAGGCAAGAAUCCGAUUGACAGCCUUGUUACCCGGACAGAUAUAAUAGAUGGAGUGGCUAAGACAGUGAGCACACUGAAGAUUCAGACAGCAAAUGCUCCUGCCAUGUACAGAUGUUUGGCCACUAACAAAGUUGGACAAGAUGAGAGGGUGAUCUUCUUUCAUGUAACAAGGGGUCUGGAAAUGAGCAUGCUACCUGCUGAUCCCAUAGAGUGGGACCAUGUUGCUCUGAAGUGCAAAGCAGACAGGCUGACUUACAGGAACCUGAAGUGGUACAGGAUGGAAAAUAAUGUCUUACCAUUCCAGCACAUAGGCCUCGCUGUGCUACCAUGUAAACACCUCAGCCUUCCUGAGGAGAGUCUGAGUGAGACCACCAGUCACCUGACAGGAGAGAAUGUCACUCUAGAGCUGAGCUUCAAGAACAUCUCCAGUCAGGAAGAGGGGGUGUACAUCUGCCAGGCAGAGAAUAUAAACACUGGAGUGAAGCACUGCCUUAUCAAGAGACUCUCUGUGAAAGAUCUACAGGCCCCAGCAGUUCUGACAAAUUUGACUGACCAGAGUGUGAAUAUCAGUGAAACAAUUGCACUGACCUGCAACGUGAGUGGGACACCGAUACCAAAUAUCACAUGGAUGAAAAAUAACAAGUCACUGAUAGAGGACUCUGGUAUUGUUCUCACACAACAGAACAGAACUCUCACAAUCCAGCGAGUCAAGAAGGAAGACAGAGGCCUUUACAUCUGCAUGGCCUGUAAUAACCAGGGAUGUCACAUGACACAGGCCUAUCUCAAAGUUGAAGGUGCAGAGGAGAAGACAAACGUGGUGCUCAUUAUCCUUAUUGGCAGCGGGGUGAUUGCCAUGUUCUUCUGGCUUCUUCUAGUGUUCAUCAUCCGAACCAUAAAGAGGUCCAGUGGAGGGGAACUAAAGACAGACUACUUGUCAAUCAUUGUUGAUCCCGAUGAAGUACCUAUGGACGAGCAGAGCGAGCGACUGACAUACGAUGCCAGUAAAUGGGAAUUCCCCCGAGAUAGACUUAAUCUAGGAAAGCCCCUUGGCCGUGGUGCAUUUGGUCAAGUUGUGGAGGCCGAAGCCUUCGGCAUUGAUAAAACAACUACGUGCAAAACAGUUGCUGUAAAGAUGCUGAAAGAGGGAGCCACUUCAAGUGAGUACAGAGCCCUGAUGUCAGAGCUAAAGAUCCUAAUCCACAUUGGGCAUCAUCUCAAUGUUGUAAACAUCCUUGGAGCAUGCACCAAACUUGGAGGUCCUUUGAUGGUGAUCGUAGAAUGCUGCAAGAAUGGCAACCUGUCAAACUACUUAAGAAGCAAAAGGGGGGAAUAUACUCCCUACAAGCAGAGCAAAGCCCUCAAAUUGAAGCAAGCAAAAACCAAGAGUGUGAACGAGUUGAGUGCAGAAAUGAAACAUCGUUUGGACAGUGUUGCAAGCAGCCAGAGGUCUGGCAGCUCAGGGUUUGCAGAGGACAGAUCGCUCAGUGACCUGGAAGAAGAAGAGGGAGCGGAACACCUCUGCAAGACUCCCCUGACAAUGCAGGACCUAAUUUGCUACAGUUUCCAGGUAGCCAGGGGAAUGGAGUUCCUGUCAUCACGCAAGUGUAUCCAUAGGGACCUGGCAGCUCGCAAUAUACUCCUGUCAGAAAACAAUGUGGUGAAGAUUUGUGACUUUGGACUGGCCCGGGAUGUCUACAAAGACCCUGAUUAUGUCCGCAAAGGAGAUGCUCGGCUUCCUUUGAAAUGGAUGGCUCCAGAAACUAUUUUUGACAGACUUUAUACAACACAAAGCGAUGUCUGGUCUUUUGGUGUGUUACUUUGGGAAAUCUUCUCUUUAGGUGCAUCACCUUAUCCUGGAGUAGGAAUCGAUGAGGCAUUUUGUAGAAGAUUAAAAGAAGGCACAAGAAUGAGGGCACCUGAAUAUGCCAGCCCUGAAAUAUACCAGACCAUGCUGGACUGUUGGCUUGGGAACCCUAAGGACAGACCCACAUUCACUGAGUUAGUGGAACAUUUAGGAAACUUACUUCAAGCAAACGCUGAACAGGACGGGAAAGACUAUAUUCCUCUGACCACGUCACUGAACUUAGAGGAGGAUUCUGGUCUUUCGCUCCCCACAUCACCUGCUUCCUGCAUUGCAGAAGAAGAAUGUUGUGACCCAAAAUUCCACUAUGACAAUGCUCCAGGGCUUAGCAGGUACGAACAUGGGGGUAAGAGGACAAGUAGGCCAGUGAGUGUGAAAACCUUUGAGGAUGUCCCUGUAGAACAAACAGUCACUGAUAAUCAGACAGACAGUGGAAUGAUUCUUUCAUCUGAGGAACUGAAAACUCUGGAUAACCAGCAGAACCAAAAGCUGACCUUUAGCCCCAUUGUUCCCUGCAAGAGCAAAGAAUCUGUGGCAUCGGAAACCUCUAACCAGACGAGUGGCUACCAGUCAGGAUACCACUCUGACGACACCGACACAGCCAUGUACACUAAUGAUGAGACAGAAUUCUUACACAAGCAGGAAGCUCUUAAAUCCGGCUGCGUGCAGCCUGUGCAGUACAACCAUGUCAUUCGCUACAGCGCGCCUCCGGUGUAGAAGGAACAGAAUAAUCAGGGGGCCCUGCUGCAUAGCCUGCUCGCUGUAGUCUUUUGAAAGACAUUGCAAAGGACGAUGAACUGUUGCCACUUGGUGUCUUAUGAACUGCAUAAAAACAUUUGUGCGUGCAGAUGGAUCUGUGCAAGUCUUCCAAUUCCAGGCUCAUAAGGGCUAAAGACUGUAAAGAAGAAUAACAGUGUGUUUCUACUUUUUUUUUUUUUUUUUUUUGUAUUUCCAUCAGCAAAAUAAGCUGUGCAAACCUCACAGCAAUAGAGCACUAUUUUUUUCUCAUUGAUUUUGUUUGUAAGAAAUUAUUUAACAUGUUUGUAUUCCAAAAUUCAGAACGGGUCUAUUACAGGAAUAUCUUACACUAAAGUACACAACAUCCCCUAAGGUUUGCUUCUGACUGAAUCUGGAGAUCUAGAAGCAUUAAGUAGUAGAAAACACUGAAUUUAUCAAUGCAUUUUCUGUACAUUUUUCUUUUUCUUCUUCUUAUUAUUAUAAAUAGAACUGCAGCUUUGUAGCAUAUGACAAUGUAUGUUUUUGGGUGAUGCAUAAUCUGGCACAUAUUUAUAUAGCAAUAUGUUGACUGUUUUCUUAAUAAAUAAUAUAUUAUGUGACAAAACUAAGUAUAUGCACAAUAUUGUAUAUAUGUUUAAUUUUUCAUGUGCUUAGAAAUGCAUUAGUGUUGUUUGGAUCAAAUGUUUACUUUUUAUGUAAAAAAGAAGGAUAAUAAGAAACUGAAAAUACAAAAGGGCACAUUUAUCCAUAACUGGGCAAU